GACUGUCAAAUUGCCAUUUUUGAUAGGUUGAGUGUAGUGCUCUGAAAAUUAUCAGAAUGUGGUUUUUGUAUUUGAUGUAUGUUUAAAGUGUAAUGCUUCUUGAAUUGUGUUUAUUAGUGUAAUGGUUUAAGUGUAAGUUGACUUAUACAGCUCGAAUCCCUACAAAUAAACAAUUGUUAACCUGUUUAUCUCCAUUGACGGAUGUCCUUGUACAUUUUGCAAGAACCGAAGUGGCGGUAAAUUUGAUCUUUGAAAUAUUUUAAUAUGUAGAUAUUGAGUAUUUUUACGCAAUGGGUAGCCCUGAAGAAAAUCAAGUUACCUGUGAAACUAACAGUGAAUUAGAAAUCGCAGAUAAUGAAAUUGGCGGUGAAAUAUCGGAAAACGAGGUGGUUGAUACUACCGCUUCCUCAGUGAAUGUGUCCAAUUGCCAAUCUGCCUCUGAAGCCAAUACAUCAAAAGAAGAUUCUAUUACCGGAUCUACGAAAAAGACCAAGAAAAAAUCGCGUCAUGGCAAAAAGGGGCAUUUACCUGCCAAAGAUACCAGCGAUAGGAGUACCGUACGUAGGAUCCAUUACACAGCUACAAAAUUUAAGCAGGGCAGGAAAAGAGCUCAGAGUAUUCCUACAAUUUCUAAGUUCUUUCUUCCACAUAAAAGACCUCGUAAGGAGGUAUUUAUACCCCCCACAAAGUUUCUUCUUGGAGGGAAUAUCUCAGACCCUUUAAAUCUGAAUAGCUUACAAGAUGAAGAUAUAAAUAGAGCUAUGAAUGCUGUUACACCAGAGUCAUCACCAUUGCCUACUCCUCCAAGGCAUAAGGCAAAAAUUGAUGUUAUUAUUCCCCCGAAUAUAAGAGAUCCAUUAAAUUUGAUGGAGCCCUUAGACAAUGAGGAGUAUGAGAAGAGGCUAGAGAUGCAGCAGAGAAAACCUCGUAAAAAGGCUAGACUAAGGCGACGCACAACAGACAAUUCUUAUCCGUCUCCAAUAAAAGAGGUGGCUGAAGUAAAAGUAGAGGGAAUCAAGGAGCCAUUACCUCCUGAACCAUCCACUUCAGCUGCAACAUCAAAGUCACGAAAACGGUCAUGCAGUGACAGUGACAAUUCAUCACAAAAAGGGAAAGAUGGUAAAAAGAUUCGUAGGAUGGAUUCCUUGGAUAAGAUUGUAAGUCCUGUAGUGCCACAACCGGGAGCUUGGAUGCGAGCAAGGCCACAAACCCGCACGCAGCCUCCAGAGCGCCCUGCUUCUCCACAUCGUACUAAGCUUAAAAGCUUGUCAGAAGAGGAAAAGAAGCUACCAACAUUUCAUCCCAAGAACUCACGAUAUCAGUAUGGAAAUUAUGACAGGUAUUAUGGUUACCGAAAUUUAAAUGCAAUGAUGGAUGUCCGCCUUCAAGUUUUCGAGAUGCAUAGGCAUCUGUUUCAUAAUAAGGAUGUGCUGGACAUUGGGUGCAAUGUUGGCCACAUCUCCAUUGCUGUCGCAAGAACCCUAGGUGCUCGUUCUGUUGUUGGCAUUGAUAUUGACCCAGUUUUAAUUGGGCGAGCCAGGAAGAAUCUUCAAUCAUUUAUAAAGGUCCCAACCGACCAGCCAAAAGAAGAUGAAUCUAGGGAGGAUAAAAAAUCUGUAAAUUGUGAUAAAUGUAAGGACGAAAAAUGCGAGGAUUGUGCAACAGAUCAAAAGCAAGAUAAGGAAGAUCCUAAGAAAAUAAUGGGGAAAAAGCUAAAAAAGAGAAAGAACAGGAAAUCUGUACAUAGGCAAGAUCCUGGGCAGUGUUUCUUCCCUAUGUCCAUGUCCAUGCUGUAUGGACCCCUCGGCAACUCGGCUGCUGAAUCAACGUCGCUUACAUUCCCACACAAUGUUACGUUUAAACAUGGCAACUACGUGCCGCGCGAGGAUGUGGCGCUGGGGUCGGAGAGUCCGAUGUUCGACCUGAUCCUGUGCCUGUCCACCACCAAGUGGCUGCAUCUCAACUGGGGCGACGCGGGCCUCAAGCGUGCCUUUCGCCGCAUGUUCGCGGAUCUGCGGCCCGGAGGUAAACUCGUCGUCGAGGCCCAGAACUGGGCCAGCUAUAAGAAGAAGAAGCGUUUGACGCCAACCAUCUACGAGAACUUCAACUCGAUCGAGCUGUUCCCGAACAAGUUCCGCGAAUACCUGCUGUCGCCGGAGGUGGGGUUCAGCAAGUGCUGCAUCCUGGGCGUGCCGCAGCACGCCAGCAAGGGGUUCCGGCGGCCCGUGCAGCUGUACAUCAAGGGGGACUUCACGCCCAGCAAGGCGCGCUGGUCGGACGCGUACGCGCCGUCGUCGCUGCGCUGGCCCGAGGCGCCCGCGCCGCGGCGCACGGUGUACGCGCCCGCCGCGGCCGCCGCGCGCCCCAGCGACGACGCGCCCGAGCGCGGCGCCGCCACGCCCUACUCGCCCAACCUGGACUGCUGCGCCGACGACUCGCCCUUCUACAACCCACGCAGCGACUCGUACGCGCCCUCCUACCAGCCGCCGCGGCCCACGGUGUACGCCACGCUGCCCUCGCCGCUGGGCAGCGCCUCGCCCGCGGCCUCGCCCGCGCGCCGGCCCGACGACUGACCCCCGCGCUACAUGGACCUGCUGUAGAAAUGAGAGGACGCGGUUUUUAGCAUUUAUCCGGCACGUGUUUAGAUGCUAGUCGAUGGUGUUCCGGUGGGCGCGCUCGCCGACGGCCGGCUACAGUGGCGAAACCGUAUCGCGGCUCUCGAAAAUACAUUAUAGUAAUGUUUGCAAUGCAACCCAGAAAACAAUUUUCUUUCGUCACAAGAUCUUCCCUUAUUUGUCUAAUGGUCGAUUUGCAAAAAUGGCUUUGGAUUUUUUGAUGAUCUAUCGCCUGAAAUUGACAUAUGCUCAUUUUGUAAUAUCGAUUAAUGAGGCUGUUAAUUUAUCCACUGAAUUUAAAAAUUGUUCGAGUUGUAUAAUGUGGUCUUCCCAUGAAAUACGGUGUGAGCGUCGCCCCUUUUUAACCUGUGAUUUAGAUAGCGUUGCAUCUGCGUACGUGCAUUUUUAUUAAAUUAGUAUUGACAUUUGAUCUCCGCAAUUAGGGGACGUCGAAGGCGAUCACUCACGCUUAGUGCGAAUCAUUAGAUGAUCGAAGUGAUAGUCUUCACACACGCCUCCCCUCAUUUCAAAGUUCCAUGUGCCCCCGCCUUUCUUUUUUCAUGUAAAUAUUGGUUUAGAACCAUAAGAUUAUGUUUCGAUAGGCUGAAAGUAUUUUAUAAUAUUAUACUCAAGCAUUAAUCUA